CUCGCCGGCUGCGUGUCAAAAACGCUUCGCGACCAGCUUGGGCCUUGGCUGGCAUGCACAGCUGGCAACAAGAGAUGCUCAAGAUGGUGAAUUGGCGACCACGUCUACUGUGUUGGAGCUUCGAUGUAGCUCGAUGGCGUUGGAAGCCUCAGGGAUGCGUUCCUACGUCGAAGCCCGACGACAACCAUCGCUUCGCAAAGCACCUUCAUCUCGCUCAUAGAAUUGACUUCUCGGAUGGCCGCCAAAUCCUGGCUGCUGCCACGGCUGAGGCUCAUUAUGCGGCUACUUCCACGUCCAAUUUCCGUAACUGCGACGUCAAAGCCUCGUGAAUUAGAUGACUGAUGACUACAUGUAUGAGGCAUUUCCACAGAGUAUGCUGGACGAGCAAUGAGAUUCCCUCUGAAUCGGGCAUGCUACCGCCAAAGUCCAGAAGGACACGCAGGCACCGACGCGUGGGAAUCGUCUCGGGCAGGUUGGUCGCCUGUCUACUUGUAAAAGGCCCCCCGAUCGCCGGCAGAGCCCUACUUCAAUCUGGGAAGUCGAAAAAAGGAAAUCGAAACUCUCCAAGCCUCCGAUCCAAUGCCCUACAGUACUGUGACCAAAAAUGGGGGAAUCGCAAUCAUCAAAUGACACGGGUUCAUUUUACUACUCAAUCCCAUGGCAGGACAUUGAGCAGGGGCCAUGACACAUCUCCUCCGCAACCACUCCUUCUCAUCAGCAGCGCCUCGUUUGGAUAGUAAAGAAGAG